CAUACUGCGCACAUAUUGGACAGGCGCGCAUGCGUCGCGACGUUCAGUUUUAAAUUUAGAAUUUGUCGUCGGAAUUCGACUGGCCUAUUUCGAUGCUGCAAACGGCAAAAAUCUUGCAAAGUUCAUUAUCAAUAAUAGAAAGAGUGUUAUCUAUAAACCAAAAGUGCCUUGUGUAGUGAAGUGAUGAGGAUAUUAUAGUUAACAACUUGAUUUACUACAUACUUAGUGUGUGUUUCCCGUUCGUUAAAAAAAUGCGUGCGAUCGCGCUGUUUUUGUUUUUAUUAUCAAAUCAAGGUUUUAUAGAAAGCAUCGGUAUAAGAGACCUCCAAGUACCAGGGCAUGCGGCCGAGGGGGGCGAGGCGCUUCUGGGCUGCCAGUUCGACCUCCACGGAGACACCUUGUACUCCGUCAAGUGGUACAAAGAUGGCCGCGAGUUCUAUAGAUACAUGCCUGGCAACAAUCCUCCUAUUACCUGCUUCCCGGCUCCCGGAGUUGAAGUUGACCUAUCCCGGUCAUCUAUGAACGUGGUCACUCUAGUGCACCUUAACAGGGCAUCGGCUGGGGUGUACAGUUGCGAGGUAUCAGGGGAAGCGCCUAGUUUUGACACGAUAUCUCUAAACAAGCUUGUAUCGAUAUACUUAGUUCCAGAAGAAGGGCCUACAAUAUCAGGACUUCAAGAUGAUUACAAUAUAGGUGACACCGUCACUCUAAACUGCACGUCUCCGCCUUCCCGCCCUGAUGCCCAGCUGAAAUGGCUGCUUAAUGGGGUGCCAGUACCUGAAGAGUAUGUGUAUGGUCCGUGGUACAAGGCCACCCAAGAAGAAGACCUAGCCCCGUUUCAAACAAAGCUGAAACUCCACUUUAGAGUGACCCCGGACCAUUUCGUUGAUGGAACGAUGACAAUUAUGUGUCAGUCAAUAAUAGCGCCUUUAUACAAUAAAGAGAGCCACUACACCUACAAUCUCGUCCUGCCGGCUGUAACAGAACAGCCUCUAAGCAAUGAAGCAAGUCACACAGCAGCUACCAUGUUUUCAAUAGCUUUCUUAUUUAAUAUUGUAAAAUUAUUACUUCAUUAAUUUUCUAUGUAUUGUUUUUUAUCCAUUGUUAAAUUAGUUUAACAAAGCAUUUAUUUUGAGUUGCAUAGUAAAGAUAAAAUAGAAGAGUGUGUCAAUUCUUAGAGGUUACUAACAAACUGAUUGUACCUUAAAGAAAACAUGCGCUUUACGAAGCAGUGUGUGUUUACAACUGAUUUUAUAGUCUCUGUCCGCCAAAGAGCUUGUUGUAAUGAGGACUUCAUGAUGUGUAACCUUGUAGAAAUAACUUUGAUUAAUCAAGCUCGAAUCCUCUAUAAAUUGCUUAAAAAGAUGAAUGCAUUCCAGAAACAGACCGAGCUUGGAAAUAAAUCCUAUUGACAACUUGGCAUUAACAUAAUUAUUUUGCCUUUUUUUUUAUGUUAACAUACAUACAUAUGAUCUCGUCUUUAUUCCUAAUGGGGUGGACAGAGCCAACAGUCUCGCAAAGAUUGAAAUGCAAUGUUCAGCUUUAUGUUUGAAUAGAGAUGCAAAUAGUCACAGAUUACAUGUCAAUUGCCUACAAGAAGAAUCUCAAGUUUAUAAGUCUUACCCUUAGUCGCUCUUUAGUAUCCAUGGGAAACAUAUACCAAGUGAUUAAAAGAUAUAUUCGCUAAUAUUAAAUAAAAGAAA